AUGACGACAGAGUAUAACACCCACCAGGAUUUGAGUAAAGUAUAUUUCGAUUACGAAUCUAUUUUACAACUAAUUAUAUUAAAUGUUUCGACAAGUAUUAUAUUAUUCUCCGACGAGGCUUGUCCCUACUGCCUGCUCACAAUUUUUGACUGUCCACACUGGGAAUCAAUGCGGCUGACAGUGAACGAUUUCAUAUUCAACCGAAAAGUCACUUCAAGUGACGUACAGGAUCUGCUGUGUGGUCGCACCGACGUCCCGAUCUACAUUAACGAUCGAAUACAGGUUGCCUCUCAGCGUGCAACGCAGGCUUUCUAUGAAACGGUCGAAGGCAUACUUAGCUGCAAGGAACAGGAUGCGAGGCUAGAUGAGACUGAAGCAAGAGCCACUCCAAAUCAGCAGAACGAGAUUCCAGGCAGGUGA